GAAUGGAAUAUCUCGACGGUCUGGAAUUUGCGUUUCUUCCCCUCUCUAGCCUCUUCUGAUCCGUUCGGAACACUAUCAGCAGUGGUCCUCGGGAUCCCAUGUCCGGUCCAUCGGGCUGUUCUAAAUUUUCCAGGUCCACCUCCACCGUUAAAUCUAUAUCUAUACACCGAGCAUACCUAUCUGCUCCAUCAUUGUCCACCAUGGCCCCGUUAGAUCCCGCCAAGAGGGCUUUCAUUGAAGCUGCCAUCGCCAACAAUGCUCUCUUAUUCGGCAGCUUUGAGCUGAAAUCUGGCCGUAUAUCGCCAUACUUUUUCAACGCUGGAAACAUCUACAGCGCAUCGUUGAUCGACGCUGCUGCUACUGCUUAUGCGAAUAUUCUCACCUCUUCCCGUAUACCUGAAUUUGACGUACUCUUCGGGCCAGCUUACAAGGGUAUCCCACUGGCCGCUGUGACUGUCGUCGCAUUGGCGAGGGAACACAAACGGGAAGUCGGUUUCGCAUACAACCGGAAGGAGAAGAAGGAUCACGGAGAAGGAGGCUCUCUCGUCGGCGCACCGCUCAAAGGCCGUAUAGUCAUUAUCGACGAUGUGAUCACCUCUGGCAAAGCUGUUCGCGAAGCCAUCGAUAUCAUCGCCUCGAGCCCAGAAGCCAAACUUGUGGGGAUCGUUCAACUCAUUGAUAGACAGGAAAAGGGCAGAGACAGCGAUACGAGCGCGAUUCAAGAGGUGGAAAAGGAAUUCAAGGUCCCCGUCGAACCUAUCAUGGCUGUAGGUGAUAUCCUCAGCUAUCUCGAAGAAAAGGGAGGGAUGGAAAAGGAAUUGGAGGCUGUGAAAGUGUAUCACGAGAAGUACGGAGCUGUCAGGCAGUGAGAAGAUGUUAGCCAGUCGGUAUGUAUUGCUGUCCACGACCGCGAUGUCAUGCAUGAGGUCCGCGC